GAAUUUAUUGAUUUUUUGUCGAAUUUAAGGAAAUCGAACAACGAUAAGUGAGGUUAGGAUUCGCAAGAACUGUGUAUCCGGAGGUUCUUAGUUUCUAAAUAUUUUUUACCUGGGACCUUUUCACAUUGAGAUUGAAAACUGAGGGACUCAUUAUUAUUCAGGUCAAUUUUUUUUCCUCAUCAACAGAUCCCGUGAAAAAUAUUCUCUCAGCCCUCUCAGCAAAUCAAAUUGCCUGAUUUUUAGAGCUCGAUACAUCUUAUGAAUCUUCAGAUAGCUUAUUGAACUCGAGAUAAUAAUGAACCAAUAGAAAACAUUGUUUGUAUUCGUAAACGUAUCAUACAGCAAGCUAAAAAAGUGCGGACGAAUCAUUGGGCAUUGGGGUGAUCAUCUGUAAAUGAACGGUCGCUAACAAUAUGUCUGAUCAUUUUGACGAUAAAAUUGUUUGGAUGGAUAUGGAAAUGACCGGAUUAGAGUUGGACACGUGUCAUAUUCUGGAAGUCGCUUGUUUGGUUACCGACUCAAAGCUAAAUGUUAUUAGCGAUGAGUUUAGCACGGUGAUUCAUCAACCAGACGAUGUGCUAGCCUGUAUGGGAAAAUGGUGCAGGGAACAACAUGAAAAAGCUGGAUUAACCGAAGCUUCUAGAAAAAGCAAAAUAUCACUCAAGAGUGCAGAAACAGAUUUGCUCAAAUUUGUUAAAACUUAUGUACCGGAGAAAAAAUGUCCGCUAGCUGGAAAUUCAGUUUAUAUGGAUCGGAUGUUUCUAGCCAAAUACAUGCCCACGGUUGAUCAAUAUUUACAUUAUAGGAUCAUCGAUAUUUCAAGUAUAAAGGAACUAAACAGGCGAUGGAAUUAUCAAGUCUACAAAAAUGCUCCGAAAAAGAGUUUCAAACAUCGGGCAAUCGAUGAUAUCAGAGAGAGUAUUAAGGAAUUACAGUAUUACAAGGAAAAUUUUUUUAAAAUCAGUGAUCCAUGAUAAUAGUCUCAAUAAAUUGAAUUUUAUUUCCUCCCGGA